AUGGAGAAAAUACUUGAGUCAACAGAAGAGUUCGACGUAGACCUUUUUGACAGCAUAAUCCAGGCAUUUUACAACCCAAUGGACAAAAACCACAAAAGAGCCGAAAGCGUGCUUCUCCAGUUCAGAGAGCAUCCGGACAGCUGGGCGCGCACCGCGCCAAUUAUAAGCGAAAGCAAGGACCAUCGCUCCAAGGUCUUUGCAGUGCAGGCCUUGGAGAGGGCGGUCAAGAUCCGGUGGAGCAUGCUGACAGAGGAGCAGCAGAAAGGAGCAAGAGAGUACGUGGUCGACCGGAUUCUGGAAUAUUCCAUGCAGACGUCCCCGGAGGGGAAGGUGCUUGUGAAGCAGUUCAACCAGGUGCUAAUAGAGGUCAUCAAAAGGGAGUGGCCCGAGAAGUGGCCGACUCUUGUGGGCGACCUGAUGGACGCAAGCAAGGGAGACUGCGGGGUGUGUGCGAACAGCUUCAACCUGCUCGCGCACCUGUCCGACUCCAUCUUCAACUUCAACGAGUCCAUGAUCAGCGAGAGAGUGGACGCGCUGCAGAGCCAGAUGAGAAACGAGUUUCCUGCGCUGUACGAGAUGGUGCUAAACGUGCUGGACAAGGUCAGUACUGGAGAGGCGUCGGUGCCGAACGACCUGAUUGUUGCCAGCCUGAACCUGGUUGUGAUUCUUGUUCCGCACCUGCCGCCGCCGUAUCUGUUUGGAUCUCCCCUCGUGGACGUGAUUUCGCGGUACGUGGAGACGGAAUUUGUGGUGCAGGCAAUUCAGGUGCUGCGCGGCGUUUUGGCGCGCAGAGAGGACGCAGACGACCCGGAGGAGUUUUUAUCCGCGCUGAAGCGGUCUUUCGUGACUGUUGGGGCAUUUUUUGAAAAAUACUGCCAGAUGUUCAACGACACGCACAGCGGCGGGUUCAAGGAGCACUACGCGUCUUUCCUGCAGAAGGACGUGAACUUGGUUCGCGAGCUUGUGCUGUUCUACGGGCUUGUGUACAAGCAUGCAAAGGAGCUGGAAAAAGCCGCGUGCAACACAAUGAUCCCGCUGGAGCUGAUGCUGGAGAUAUCAAAGGUGACGUGCUUUGAGCUGUUCCGGCUGUGCCUGGAGUUCUGGUCCAUGUUCAUAAAAGAGCUUCUGCUGGAGUUUCCGUUUGUGCCUGCGCCCAGCAAAACGCCUGCAGGCCUCAGGCGGUCGUACUACAUGGAGAUCAUGGGCGCGCUGGUGCCUGUUCUGGUGGCGCAGAUGCAGAGGCCCCAGGAGGUCAUCAUCACCGAAAACGAGGACGGGGAGAUUGUUUUGGAGAAGCUUGCAGACACAGAAAGCAUUCAGCACCACAAGGACAUGAACGAGCUGCUGUACAACAUAUCUGCAAUGACUGUGGGCGGGCUCGGGCCGUACUUCUGCAGCGAAAUAAACAAGCUGCGCGCAGGGAAGUGGACCAGAGACAGGCUGAACAAGGUGUGCUGGGCGGCCGGCAGCAUCGCAGGGACUUCUUCUGCAGUUGGCGAGAAGGAGUUUUUGACGCAAAGCAUCCAGGCGCUUCUGUCCAUGUGCGAAGAGGCCGUCCAGGAGGGAGACAGGGCUGUGGUUGCGUCCUGCCUCAUGUACAUUCUGGUCAGAAACCCCGCGUACCUUAAAACAUACCCGCUGCUGCUGGAGGCAAUCUGCAACAAGAUGGUCCAGUUUAUACUCGACGUGGACCUGGUGGGGGUUUCGGAGAUGGCGUGCGACACGCUUCUGAAGAUCAUGUCCUCGUGUGCGGACGUCCUCAGAAACCCGCUUGCCGCAGGAAAGGACCAGUACAUCACGGAAGUAAUCCCAAACAUCCCGAAGCUUCUCCGCGUUCUGAAGCCGUACCUCGCAGAAGUUCUGUACGAGGCGCUUUCGCACCUGGCGGUCGACCACAUAGGCGACCUCCUGCAGUACCCCACAAUGUGCAUAUACACGCCCAUGCUGGACACGCCAGAGGCUGUGCAGAGAAUGGUGCAGGCUGUCCGCCUGAUCAAGGUUGUGUGCAGCGUGGACAUUUGCGAGGAGUUCGCCCGGGAGAGAGAGGAGGUUGUCGGGAAAACACUCGCGCAGCUGCACCUGGUGUACAACAACCUGGCAGGGCAUGCAAGCAGCGGAUCUCUUUUGCUGGACAAGGCCAUUAUGAUUCUUCGAAAGGACUUUCUGUCGCUGUUCUGUACAAUCUGCAGAAAGUUUUCGAUCCGGUUUAUCAUGGGAGACUUCCUGGGCGUGUGCAGCCGUGUGAUUAUGCAGCCAGACAGCGCGUCAAGCGGGUGGAGCGUGGAAAGGCUCAAUCUUCUGGCCGAGCUUUGCGGAAGAACAGUUGAAGGCGUGGCCCCCCUGGUGGACUCAGUCGCAAGCUGUGUGGCGCAGGAGGUGUUCUCGGCGCCGGAGGAGAAGGAGGAGGAGCUGAAAGCGUUCUACAGAAUGAUCUGCUCCUCGGUCCGAACAAACCCAGACGUAAGAAACCUGCAGAUAAUCGAGUGGCUGGCGGUUGGCGUCGGCAACACAAACCGAGAGGUCUACGAGGGGUGCAUCGAAGCGCUGUGCAAGGUCAUUGAGAGAACGUCGAUCGACAUCAUACGGGAGGGCUUCCUGGGGCUGCUUGAGUGCAUCCUGGGAACAGCCUUGGACAAGGACCACGAGGGCGGAAUCAACGCGCUGCUGGUCUCGCUGUCUCUGCUGCUCCAGUACAGCAUAUGUGGCAAGUGUCCGGUGCAGGCCCAGGUCACGGAGGUCUUUGUGGCGAAGCUGCACGGCAUUUUCCCACACAUCAGCCAAAAGGACAUCGAAGAGUUUAUUUCGCGGUGCUACCGGGACGUAAACUCGCACCAGGGGCUGCUCACGAACAUAAACGACUUCCGGGUAAAAAUCAAAACCGUAUAG